AUGCCAUUCAAUGCUACUGUUCUCUCUUCAAACCUUAUUAUGUCGCUUGACAGUGGAAAUGGACAAGGCAGAUCUGGUGGCCACCCUGUAUCCCUGGUGUUGAACUGUGAGAACUAUGAGUUCAUGGCCUAUGCGAGCAGGGAGGAUAUCAUCAUGCAGGACACCUACAUCAGUGGGAACAAUGUCACAUUCUCAAGCGAGUGGGACACGGAUAUAUUGACCAGGGAAGAUGAAUUUUGGGAAAGGAUAUUCAUCAAUGGAUGGGAGCUGAGUAAGGUGGUCUGGGAGGUCCUGCAGGCCUUUGGGGAUGAGUCUAAAGAGUUCAUUGUUCAGAACAUCGUUGGGAUCAACUAUGGAGCUCUGGGUAAUUAUUGGCUUCUUCUCAUUGUAUACAAGGACAUUGACCUGGCAUAUGUGUUGUACUCCUCUGCCUCAGCUCUAGUGCUUUUCCUUCUGAAAAUCACUGUAUUCAUUCUUAACCCCAAAGUCAAGUUCCAGCAAGUGAUGACUUCUGACUGGAUCGACGUUGGUAUCGCUGAACUCGUGGCAGAGCAAGUGUUGGAUAGUGGUGCACAGGUCAUCGUCGGUGACUUCAGGGUUAUUUUGGAAUCUGUAGGCUCAGUCGUCUUUAUUGUACCGAGUAAAUAG